AUGUCCACCUACGCGCCCCGCCAUGCCCCGUCCGCCUUCUCUACCCCCGCGUCGACGACCCUCUUCCGCCGUCUGACCUGGGAGGGCACCGUGCCUCUCGAGAUCCGCGUCGCCUCUGCGGAGCUCCCUGCCAACAGUGACCGCGGCCUAGAGUGCUACUACAUCCAAGCAGCGCGUGUUAGCUACCUGCCUCUUCUCGUGCCCGAGAUCAAGCGCUUUCUGAGCGAUGUCGUCUUUGACGAGGCCGCGGCGCAGGGGAUCAAGGAGGAAGACUGGUGGUUCGAGAGCGAGGACGGGGCCGUGUUCAGAUGGCACUGGCCCAUAGGCCUCAUUUACGACAACCACACGAUCACAAUGUCGACGCGCCCAAAUACAUCAGCGGCACCAUCAGGCCCCCUGCGCCUCAUCCUGCACCUCGCCUCACCACCGAGCGAGAAGCUGCUGCUCUCUCCAGGUUCUGAAGCCUGCAAGCAGGCAUUCAUGGGCCAGCUGAAGGAGGCAGACUUCAUCCGAUGGGGUAACACCAAACGCAUAACCGGGCUCAGGAAGGCAGAGCAGGACGGCCUAUGGGAAGGCAUCAAGGAACACAACUUCGACGAAUAUUGGCGCGUGGCGUCCAAGGUGACCCCUACCACGUCACCGGCGCGGUCGCAAUCGCCGCCGCCGCCGUCCUCAGUGUCUAUGCACACACGACCGCCAUCCGCCGACCCUGGGUCGAACGGCGCGCCUGACAGAGACGGAGCCUAUAGCGUCCGCAGUGUGCCCGUCCGGAUAUACCUCCCUGACGGACCAGUCAUGCAGGAUUUGGUACCGCCCCUCCUCGAGGACGGCUCCAUCAACACGCUCUCCCGCUUCCUUGACACGCAUCUGCCACUCCUUUUCCCUGCAGACAGGGCACCCCUAGCAUAUGCCUUAAUCCAAGGUGUCCUUGCGCCCCCAGAAGCAGAGAUGGCGUGGUUAGGUGCAUGCCUGGCAGGCGCUGACGGGUGGGUCAACAUUUGUGUGGGACUGCUACGCGAGGGUAUUCCGCGGUUUUGAUGCGGAGUGUCUUCUGUAUUUACUUGUUUAAUCGAAUGGCUUUAUCAGGCUC